GUUGCUGUCAGUGUCAGGGUGUCAAUCCAAGAUGUUACACCCAGAAAGCCCUCUCUGCCUUCUGCGCUCGCAACGCAAAUAACUUCUCUUUCUUUUUUCAGCUUCCCAUAUAACAUCCAUGGAAAACUCUCAACAAAUUGAGCCCAACACAACACCCUCAAAACCCUCCUCUAUUUAGGACCGACCCUACAGUCGAGAAAUUUUACAAGCCUAAAGAUAAAAGGAACAAUCUUUAGUCUUUUCCUACCUUGUCUCUUCUUCCCCACCAUUUACUAUCUCAGAGUGGUUUGCUUCCCCAAACUUUGCUUUCUUCUCCUCUCUGUAGCCAAAGAUUUAUUUCUUUCUUCCGUUUGGAGUGCAUAUAUUGUGGAAGAUUCAUGUCAGGUCUAUACGCGCAGAAUUUCUCCCCUGCAAGAACUCUAUCUUCGCAUGUAAGAAGCAACCCGGAUGUCGACAGUCAGUACUUGACUGAGUUGUUGUCGGAGCACCAGAAACUUGGACCCUUCAUGCAAGUCCUUCCUAUCUGUAGUCGGCUCUUGAAUCAAGAGAUCAUGCGGGUUUCUGGAAUGAUUCCCAAUCAUGGGUAUAAUGACCUUGACAGACUGCAGCGUGGAAGCCCUAGCCAUAUGGCUUCAUCUGAUAUAAUGCCAAAUAGUAGACUAAUGGGUUUCAGUGCUUGGAAUGGCCUGCCACACGAAAGAUUAGGCGGACCACAAGGACUGAAUAUGGACUGGAAAGCAGCACCAGCUAGCCCAAGCUCCUAUAUCGUCAAGAGGGUUUUGCGAUUAGAGAUUCCUAUGGAUAGCUAUCCAAAUUACAACUUUGUUGGCCGGCUGCUGGGCCCUAGAGGCAAUUCACUAAAGCGGGUGGAAACAUCUACAGGUUGCCGUGUGUUUAUUCGUGGAAAAGGUUCAAUAAAAGAUCCUGAGAAGGAGGAGUCAUUAAGGGGAAGACCAGGCUAUGAGCAUCUGAAUGAGCCGCUGCACAUUUUAAUCGAGGCUGAAUUACCCGCUAGUGUCAUUGAUAUACGGUUGAGACAAGCACAAGAAAUCUUAGAGGAACUUCUCAAACCUGUGGAUGAGUCGCAGGAUUUUUAUAAGACGCAACAGUUGAGGGAACUGGCUGUGCUAAAUUCCAAUUUUAGAGAGGAGAGCUCUCAACCAAGCGGGAGCAUCUCUCCAUUCACUUCCAGUGGAAUGAAAAGGGCCAAAACUGGUCAAUAUUGAUGUAACGAGCUUAACCAUCUAUUAUGUUUCUCUAGUACACAGUUUGAAGAACUCUUGCCAUUUCAGGGCCCUGGUUGCAUCUCAGUUCUGUAUAGCCAAAAGAGAGGGCCUUGCUGAUAUUUCUGAAGCGUGAAGACGGGUAUUUUCCAGUUAUACAAUCUUUAACAGGGGAGAUAAGAGGGAAAUUCUUUUUACUUUGUCAUUGUUGUUGCUUGCACUUGUAAUAGGAAACUUGAAGGUUGACCUGUUUAUAUCUAACAAACCUGGACUGUAUCGCCCAUAUCAGUGGUGCAAUAUGUGAUCUUUUGGGGAGUUGAGGUUUUCUGAUUGAUUAUGGCAAAAAAUAGAUAAGCGUUCAAUUUAGUGAGUCCAGUGACAUACUACUACGUGAACUUCACCGGAUUUGGGAUAAUAGUUUAUAUGGUGGACUAUAUAUAAUAGUUUAUGAGCAAGGUGGACUAA